CCCAGCCCCUCGGGCAUGGUUUGUGUGCUCUGUUACCGUUACCGUCACCGUGCCGCCAUCACCGCCGCGCCGCGCUUGGUUCGCUCCGACACGGGGGGGGCGGGGCGGGAGUGCGCCGUGAUUGACGCGUCUCGCGCGCUGCGUCCUGCCCCCCGCGCGCUGUGGUUGGCCCCGCAGUGCUUCCGGUUCCGGUCGGGCUAUGGCGGCGCCGCGCGCGCUCUGAGGGCUAUGGCGGCCCCGCACGCAGAGAAGCUGGAGGGAGCCGUUCCGGCCCCGCCGCCCCCGCCGGGGCCGCCGCACCCCGCGGGUAGCGCUGCUGCCGGCGGGCCCGGCCGGAAGCAGGGGAAGGCAGGGCUGCAGAUGAAGAGUCCCGAAAAGAAGAGGCGCAAAUCGAACACGCAGGGCCCUGCCUAUUCGCACCUCUCGGAGUUCGCCCCGCCRCCCACCCCCAUGGUGGACCACCUGGUGGCCUCCAAUCCUUUCGAGGAUGAUUUCGGGGCCCCUAAGGUGGGGGCGGCCCCSGCCCCCUUCCUGGGCAGCCCGGUCCCGUUCGGCGGUUUCCGCAUGCAGGGRGGGAUGUCACCGCAGGUGCCCCCUGGCUACGGCGGGGGACCGCAGCCCCUGCGGAGGCAGCCCCCGCCUUUCGCUCCCGGGCAGAUGGGCCCGGCCUUUAGCAUGCCCCCACAGAAUCCCAACUACGUGCAGCCGGGGGGCUUGACCUUCGCUGGGCAGCCCUUCAGCCAGCCUCUUGGACAGAACUUCAGCCCCCCUAUGGGGCAGCUCAUGCAGGGGCCUGUUGGGGGCUUCGGGCCCAUGAUGUCCCCCACUAUGGGGCAGCCCCCCCGGGGGGACAUGGGCGCCGGACCAGCCCUCAAUCCCCCCGGGGGGCCGGCAGUGGCUCAGCGCUUCAGUCAGCCCAGCAACCUCUUUGGACAAUCGCCCAUGCAGCGGCCCGGGCAGAACAUGCCACCCCUGCCCCCCACAGCCAGYCCGUUCCCUGGGGCCGAUCCCAGCUUCCCGGCUAGCGGCGAGGAAGGGGGCAAGAACCCUCCCCCCAGCACCUUUGCCCAGGAGCAGCACUCGGGCUCCCCUGCCACUGUCAAUGGGGCACAGCCCGGCUUUGCCCCCAACAGUGCUGGCCGCAGUGCCAGCACCCCUGAGACCAACAGCCUGCCACUGCCACCCCCUGGCAAGGCCACCAGCACCUCAGGGCACCAGCCACCACCGGGGCUCGUGUACCCCUGCGGSGCCUGUCGCAAUGAGGUGAACGACGACCAGGAUGCCAUCCUGUGCGAGGCCUCCUGCCAGAAGUGGUUCCACCGGGAGUGCACAGGGAUGACGGAGAAUGCCUACGGGCUGCUCACCACCGAGGCCUCUGCCGUCUGGGCCUGCGACUUCUGCCUCAAGACCAAGGAGAUCCAGUCGGUGUACAUCCGAGAGGGCAUGGGACAGCUGGUGACUGCCAACGACGGCUGAGCCGCCAUUCAACCAUCAUGUACAGCUUCCCCCACUGAUUUAGGACCAAACCCCCAUUUUUUGUAGCUGUCGCACCCCCACCAGCCAGAGAGGCACUGCCAUGCACUGGCUAUGACUGCUCACUGGGCAUUGCCUGCCACUGGGACCCACCAGGGGACCCAGGAUGAUGCUGGCCAUGCUAUCGCCAGCUCUUUUCUGUGAACAAGGCUCUGUUCCCAGCGCACCGGCUUUGGGUGGGUUGAGGUUUCCCGGUGCCUGCAGUGUUGCCCAGUUCGGUGACUGCCCUUGCAGGAGGGCUCCUGGGCUAUGCAGCGGGCCUGGCGCCCCCCUCCACSCCCCCUGCUCUGGUGCUCGGGAUGAUCCCGGUACUCCCACCCCAAGUCCGUCCGUUUUAGCCAAUCGUUAAUGGAAAGUUUUUGUACCGUCGUUAUAAAACUCUUAAACGCG